AUGCCUGAACCCUCACCCCAGCUUAAGGGCUUGAAAAAGGUCCUUUCCAAGAGACGUUCCUCCGACCUCCCCUCAGAUGCCAGCUUCAAGGAUCUACGACAAGGCUCUACCGACUCCAUCACCCUAGAAAAGUCCCCUACAAGAUAUAGUACCCGAUCCACUAGCCAGGAUGGGAGUUCUAAGUCCGGCUCGAGCGGAGUUCGAAAACUGCUGCCUGGGCACAGCAAGAGAAGAAGAAGGAAAAUCCACGAGGAAGAACUAAAGAUCGCUGCAGAGGACCUUGAGAGAGGAAGAACAGCGGGUGACUUGAGUGCAGCUCCAAGUCCCGCCCCAGCUCUCAGUAGACGAGCAAGCAGUCUUGGUCUCCCUGAUGCAGACAACGGCCUCCUCACUGAUGAUUCCGAGCUCGAAACUCCUCCCUUGGUAUCGAGAGACUCUCAUACAGCUUAUCUGACUAUGUCUUCACCUCUGGUCUCGCAUACAACUUCUCGAACCGAGCAAGAUGCGAGCGAGGUGCCGCCAGUACCACCGCUACCACUCUUCCACGCUCAUAACAUCCCCACUGUGAGGGAGCCUGACGAAGGGCAAGGAUCCCCGUCUCCGAAAAGUCCGGCCAUUCAGGAUGGCAGUCCCAUACCCGGUAUACUCCCAGAUCGAGCAGCAACUAUGGGAGCGCUCGAUCGUACAGACACCAUUGCUCCUAAAUCACGGACUGAUAGCAUGAGCAAGCUUCGAAGUAUUUCACCUGGUCGAAGGUUUCGAGAUGUUUUUGGCAAACCUAACAAGAGCCCUAAAGUCAGCCCAGAGAGGAGGCAGACAGACAUGGUCACUGGCUAUUCCAGCCCACUCAGCAACCAGAGCCUGGCCACUGAUGAAACUGUACCUGCCCCAGAGCUUCCCACUGGACCCGUCAAGCAUCCUCCCAUACUUGACCGUGCACAGAACAACUCAUUGCCAAAUCUCGACACCAAAUAUCGGCCUUUGACACCUCCAUCAGCUCUAAUCAGCACUCCCUUGACCACUGUCACUCCCCCCACUCCAACUGACACCCGCUUCGAUGGAGCUGAAGUCACGGGGUCCCCGCAUUCAGAGAAACCAACAUCAAAUGGAAAAGAUGAAAACUCCAGUAUCGUGGUUAGCCCAUCAGGAAACAUGAUAUCCCACCGCAAGACUCGCUCUACUUCUUCCAUUUCUCACCAACCAAGCAAACUUUCGAAUUCAAUGACUGCUCCUUUGACUCCCACCACAGAAGACAGUAGGAAUGUAUCUGGUGCCACUUUUGGGAGCAGAGCUCCAAGUGGUGGCUUGUUCUCUUCUUGGGUCUCUGCAGCACAGAAUGCUGCAUCGACCAUUACCAAUCUCACUGGCCCAAAUCGAAGCAGAGCAGGCACUGCUGCAUCAGAUCCAUCCACCAAGCCAAAGACUAUUGAGGAACCCAUAAAGGAGGAAGACGAGGUCUCCGAACCAGAAAUACCGCGCAAACAGCUAGCCAUUGAGACCAUGGGCUCCGGUGACCUGAAUUUCGAACAUCUAGGUCUGAAUGCAGAAGAUUCAGCGACACCUGGCGCCAAAUCAGAUUUGACCGAAAUACGCAAAGAUUCCAUCCUGGAACGCGAUGAGGCCGCCGCAAAGAUGGAGGAUCUUCUGGCCAAGCGCGCAGUGUCAGCUGCAUAUGAGCGCACACCCACAGGAACCACCCCUGUCGCAGAAAUCUCCGAUCCUAUGAGUAGCAUGAAGCAAGCGCAAAUGAUCAGCGCAAAUGCUAAUGGCGAAAAAACAACCCCCAACGGUAGUCUCUACGAAAGUGAGAUCCAUUCAGUCAAGCGAACGAAUAGUGUCAGGAGUAAACUUGGGAAGCGGAGGUCGCGUGGAUCCUCUGUCGCUACAGGUCAUUCCGCAAUUGGUGCGAUGAUAGGAGCAAGCACAGCUGCACUUGUUAACCCUGCGAAAGGACCUCGAUUGACUGGCUUCACUACCGCUCCAAAACAAAGAAACCGCAAUUUUCACCAGCAAUUUCGAAGUGUACCUGAGGAUGACUAUCUCAUUGAGGACUAUAGUUGUGCCUUGCAAAAGGAAAUUCUCCUUGCUGGCAGAAUUUAUAUUUCCGAGGGUCACAUCUGCUUCUUCAGCAAUAUCCUAGGAUGGGUCACUACUGUGGUAAUUUCAUUUGAAGAAGUCGUUAGCAUCGAACGAGAAAGCACGGCCAUGGUAUUUCCAAACGCGAUUGCCAUCCAAACACUACAUGCUCGGCAUACUUUUCGAAGUCUGCUCUAUCGUGAACAAACAUAUGAGCUGCUCAUUGGAAUAUGGAGGGUUAGUCAUCCUGCAAGUUUCCAGAAGAGCAUGAAUGGAAAGCAAUUGGCUUCAAAUGAAGCAGACGUCGUCUCAGGGUCGACUCCAGACAACGGGUUGAUCGUGCAUCAUAGCGAAGGUAGCACGACGGAUGAUUCCAACUCUAGUGGGGAUGACGAUAGUGCACCCAGCUUCGUUGAGAGCAGUGCGAGCAACGCAGCUAGCGACCUCGCAGAAACCAAGACCGUCUCUCGAAAGCCUUCUGCUGGAAUGAAUGCCUCCGCAGUUACCCAGACUGCUAGUAUCAUUGCAGGAACAGCCAACGAUGUUCCCCCAACGUUAACGACUCAGGCAGGAAUGCUCGAAGCUGCGGGCAAUGGUUUUCCCGGACCAGGCAGUCAUCCACCGACCGAAUGUACAGACGCUUCCACACACUAUGAUAAGAUUAUCAAAGACGAAGUCUUGCAUGCACCACUUGGCAAGAUAUACUCACUUCUAUAUGGUCCUGAGUCUGGCAUAUUUGUGCGGAAAUUUCUAGCUGACGACUGUAAAUGCACGGAACUAGUACUAGAGGAUGACAAAAAGGGCCUCAACAAUGAAAUCAAAAGCCGACAGUACACAUAUAUCAAGCCACUUGGUGGUAGCAUCGGCCCGAGACAGACCAAGUGCAUCACAACAGAAAAUCUGGACUUCUUUGAUCUUGAGAAAGCCGUCACCGUCACAUGUACGACACAGACACCUGAUGUGCCUAGCGGUAAUGCUUUUUCCGUCAAGACUAGGUAUUGUCUUUCGUGGGCACCUGGAAAUGCCACUCGUCUGCAGAUGAAUUGUGCCAUUGAGUGGACAGCAAAGUCGUGGCUGAAGGGACCCAUUGAGAAGGGCGCAAACGAUGGACAGCAGCAAUACGGUGAUGGAUUGGUAAAGGUCCUGAAGGGAGCUGUUAGUGGUAGACCUAGGGGGACCACCAAUGCCAGCAAAGUAUCCAAAGCCACGAAAAAGAAACGCAAGGGCGAGAAGAAACAAAAGGAAUCGACGGUUGAGGAAACUAUGACAAAGAGCGAAGAUUGGGGUCUUUUUGAGUCGUUGAGGGGACCAUUCCAACCAGCGACUGAUAUUCUACGACCCGUCCUCAAGAUGGAAAUCUUAUUGGUGUUCUUGACCUUCAUGGUCAUGCUCCUUUGGUUUAGAACACCACGGAGUUCAAGCAUCAAACUUGGUCCAUAUCCAGGCUAUAGCACGCUCGCGGAAUCCGAGCGCCUCGUGGCUUACGACACGCUAUGGGCGAAAGAAGAAAACGAAUUCUGGGACUGGCUAGAAGCGCGUGCCAACGUUGACACGGUACUCUUCCGAGAACAAAGUCAAACCCGCAAACACUCGAAAUACUCGUCGGCUGGAACGGGGAAUAGAGAUGACGGGACAUCGUCAGCAGAGGGGUCGAAGCAGAAGAGACAGAAACAGCGCAAGAAAGUACUCAGCCAGGGCGGUGGUGGAGCGAAGGACGUCGAAGCCAAGGUCCGUGAGGAACGCAUUUCACAGCGUGAAAUGGAGGAUGCCAUCAAGAUUACCCGCGAGAGGCUCGAAGUGCUGGAGGGCGUCGUUGAGAGGAAUAAGAAAAAGGGUAGUGGAAGGUGA